AUGCCCAAGAUGAUGGUUCUGGAAGCGGAUCUGGACCCUCCCCGCAAUGACACCAAGAAAACUAUCAAAGAUGAUCAGGCCGUCACUGGUGACAGUGCCAAUGACGCUCCUGCCCUUUCCCGUGGUAACAUUAGUAUUUCUGUCAAGGGUGCUACUCACCCUGCUCAUGGUGCCGCCAACAUUUUCAUCACCAAAUGGCUCUCAACCAUUGUCGACAGACAAGCUGCAACUGGGGAAGUGUAG